AUGCCCUUCUUCUCUACCCUCUAUCACCCUCGCCUGGUUGUUGCGACCCUUGUCGUGCAGCUUGUUGGGUCCAAAGCAGCACCACAAGCCCGAAGGUCGCUUUCUCGACGUGGCCGUGGCGAUGGCGACAGUGACAGUGAUAGUGACAGCGACUCGGAUUCGGAUUCGGACAGUUGUGUAGGCAAUGUGUGCACCACGAGUCGUUCGUCAAGGACGAGGUCAUCGACUAUGUCCAGUACUACAAGUUCGACAUCCGCUUCCAGGUCGUCCUCCAUUACCUCGUCGUCGAGCUCGACUUCGUCUUCUGCCACUAUUACCUCUUCGGCCAGCAGCAGCAGCCCCUCCGCCAGCGCGACAAGUUUGAUCUCCAAUUCCAAUCAGCAAAACAGCGUCUCGCACUCUGGCAUCACUGUGGGCGGGAUCGUGGGCGUUGCUCUUGGCUCUGCCAUCAUCCUAGGCCUGGCGCUGAUGCUCCUUGCACACUGUCGAAAAAGGUCCCGCAAGGCACGGAAACGUCCUCAAACCUUUGCACCAUCUUCCUUCCUCAUGCCGACUCGCUCAAGGCCUCACACCCCAGAAACAGAAACAUCACAAGCUCAAACCAGUCCGCUCAUUGCCCCAGUCAUCGUAGCACGCGCCAUCUCGAACUCAAACCAACAAGCUUCGCACAACUCCACUCGUUCCAUGUCCGACACCCCUCUUCUGGCUGAGAACGGACUGCGACCCUCUCGUAGCGUCGGCAGUUCCUCACAGCGGCGACCCUCUAUCAGCGACACUGCCAGCACUGUUCAUGAACCUUUGCAGUCGCCCUACGAAGCGCCGUCGUCCUCAUGGGUCGGAUACAAUUCCUUCGAUCCAAUUAGCGCGGUAGCGCGUACACCCUCCUUUGGCUCAUUUCCACGCUCCUCUUCUACGGAUCCCUUGGACCUCCAUCAGACCAUGACAGCACACCAAAAGGCUCUUGAAGCUGAUCAGAGGGUCACCGAUAUGGGCCAACUGCGUGUUGUAGAUGCCCACGACCCUCCACCCGGAUACCGCCUUUGA